CCUGAUCGUGACAUGAUCCUGCCUCGAGCGUUAUUUCUCUAGCACGCAUCUGCCAACAAUCGUGUAUGCAGGCCAAUUGACGUUUCUUGGCCAGCUCGAGAGCAGAGAAACCGCCGCGAUACCCGGUUCCGCAAACGCCUAGAGCAUCAAUCAACAUCAUCCGAAUCUGUCAACAAAUCUCCGAAAAUCCAGAAUUUCAGAAAGCAAUCUUCGAUCUCGACAUCGAACGACGUCACGAACAGAGCACACGGAGAUCAAGUCAAGAGCCUUAGCAAUCAUGGAACUCGAUGCUCGAUUCGCAACCCCUCGACGAAAGAAGGUUGGCGGGAACAUGAGCGCCGUCAACGCAUUCCUGAUGGAAUGUGCAGCGUCACCCGACUCGCCGUUCCCUUCCACGACACUAUCCGCCGCUUCCCGACAGAUGGCUCCUCUUCCGAGAAGUCGGAGAGCGAGUGAUGGAGAGGUCGUCGAUGAGGAGAUGGACGUCUUGCAUACUCCUCCUGCUCUGGCACGCAAGGGCGAUCUCCUCAAAGAAGAAGCUAGGACCCAUGGACCCACCCCUCCCUCGAACGGUAGUCUCUACAGCAAUGCUUCACACGGAUCGUACAACUCGAUCUCUUCCAAGUCAUCCAACCUGUUGACAGACUCGUCGACACUAGCUUCUGGAGGCAGCACCGCCCGGACCCCAGAUACGGGAGGGCAGGGUACAGAAGGUGGACAUGAUCUCGGACGCAAACUGUACGGAUCUGGGCUGGGUAGGGGAGGCUCGUCGAGAGCAUUCAACCGGACGGCAUCGGCGCCAGUGGGCAAGACUGUCUCUCAUAUGAAGGAUUACGAGGGAAAGAUGCUGGUCAAGGAAGACGUAGUGGAAAUAGUCGGGAAACAGAGCCCGUCGAUCGAGUUGAGCAGUCGAGACGAGAGUGGAAAUGUCUCAAAUACAGUAACCCUCUCAGCAGCCGCAACGCGCCCGACCCUGCAUCACACCUCUUCAGCCUCGUCCUUCACCUCGAACAGCACAACCGACAAGGACAAGGCAGAUGCGUACAAGACUCCGAACCUCACCUCGCGUUAUCGCACGGCGGGAUCGACAGAUCGGCAAAAACUGCUCAGUCGUUCGACGCUGAAAGACUUUGGCGGACCCAUCAAACGGCCGAAAGCCGUCUUGUCGUCAGAAGAAGGGGAUGCAGAGCACCAGGACGUACCGAGUCUGCCGAGCCUUAGCGAGGGGAGAGACUCCAAGCGUCCAGAGACCUUGUUGCCUGGCUUACGGUCAACCACACCUCAUGGAGACCCGCCAAGCCUUGCGUCAGUAUCAAUGCCUUCCCUCAGACCUUCUCCGCCCCGUUCAACGACACCCCUCGGCCCGAUCUCGUCAUUCGCUCCGGCUGAGAGCAGCUCGUCUGCCCGUCACCGGAUGAGUCCUCCGAGAAGGAUGCUCGAUAGUAUUCCAGAUACUAUCCCCGAGGCCGUCGAGGCUCCUCCACUGCAGCGAGAAUCAUAUCUCGAUGGACAUCAGUCGGAUGCUAGAACGUCCCACAUUCGGUCUGCAUCGGUUUCCCCAGAGGUCGAUGGCGGCCUUCGAGCAGCCAGCUCGAUUGUUGCUCGUCACCGACAUUCUCCAAGCGUACCGGUUGGAACGAGCUAUGGCGAUCACGAGAAGGAGAAUCGCCUGCCCCCUGGUCAGACGGCUGGAAAGGCUCUCAACGGGUCGGCACCGCUGCAGACUCCCGUCGCUCAGCAUCUCUUGCGAGAGGUAGAUGGACGACGUAGCCGAACUCCUGAGCACGACCAGCGGCAUUUCGCAAGGGAGACAUCCAUGCACAACGUUGAUACCUCACGAUCAUCGACGUUACGGGCCGAACAGAUGGAGAUGCCCAUGGCUAGCGGGACAUCCAUCACCCCAAGACCAACGAAUAACUAUAUACAACCUCAACCUGAAACGCAAGAGAUGCAGUUGAACCAUCCUGAUCCCUAUGGAGCGGCUCAUUCGGUCGUACCGAUGUAUAUGACCCCGGCUCAGACUGGUUCGAUCCGACAACCGCAAGCGACAGAAUAUGGCGCUCUGCAAGCAAAUCGCACGGCACCGGCUGUUCCGCCUCAGAACUACUAUACUGAAAUGGCAGCGGCUACGCCGGCGUCGACGUUACCACCUGGCAGGAAAGGGUUAAUUUUCAAUGGCAAAGAAUACGAGCGAAUCAGUCUUCUCGGAAAAGGAGGGUCUUCAAAGGUGUAUUCGGUCCUCGAGCCCGGAAAUCGAAAGAUCUUCGCCUUGAAGCGGGUGCAGCUGGAUCGGUCUGACCCAGAGACGAUCACGAAUUACCUCAACGAGAUCGAUCUCCUCAAACGACUUAGCGGUCAUGAUCGGAUCAUUCAGCUGAUAGACCAUAGCAUCAGCUAUACUCCAAGCGGGAGGCCAAAGAUCUUGCAGAUGAUGAUGGAGCUCGGCGAGACAGAUUUCGCAGCUCUAUUAGAGAACCAGCGGGAGAAACCGCUCAACAUGAAUUUCGUUGCGCUUUAUUGGCAACAAAUGCUGGAAGCCGUACAAGCCGUACACGACCAAAAUGUCGUACACACGGAUCUUAAACCGGCAAACUUCGUCUUGGUCAAAGGAAAACUGAAAAUCAUCGACUUCGGUAUUGCUAAAGCCAUUGCAAACGAUACCGUCAAUAUCCAUCGAGAUACGCAGAUCGGCACGGUCAACUACAUGUCGCCUGAAGCCAUCUUAAAGAUGAGCAAUGCCAAAGUGCACAAGCUGUCGUUCUCGAGCGACGUGUGGUCCCUCGGCUGUAUCCUGUACCAAAUGAUCUACGGAAGCCCCCCUUUCCAGGGCGUCACUGGCGGACCCUUAGUCAAAAUGCAGGUGAUCGGCUCAGGAACUUUCGAUAUCCCUUACCCAGCAUCCGUCACGGCCGCGCGGAAACACAGCGAAGAACCGGCUUCUCCAGGAGCAGCUCCCGUCGUCAUCCCUAGCGAGGCUAUCGAUACAAUCCAGAGUUGCUUGGCGCAUCGGAGAGAAGACCGUUUAGCCAUACCUGCUUUGCUUGAACACGUUUUCCUCAAACCACAGCCAGGCGGAUCUACAUCAUCACCCGUCCGGCUGCCACCAGACUGGAGUGCGAUCUCAAAGCAGAAUAUGACUCAGCUGGUCAAGUAUGUCAUCUCUUCUGCUGGACAGCGUCAAUGUCAGGAGUUGGGCGAGGAAGGUCUGGCAAACUUCCUGUUCCAAGAUCUUCGGCGCAAUAUCAACCUGGAGGCUCUUGGACUUCGCAAAUAGUCCAACGCGAUACCUUUCUUCCUGCUUUCGGCCUCCAUCUCAUCUACAUUGAUUUCGCUCUCAACACUGCUAUGCAAUCCUUCUGGCUCUGUACCAUCGGUACUCACUGUAAAUCUCGCCUCAUUGAGAUAAAUCGCUCAUAUAUAAUGUUACCGCUUGUAUUACAAAAAGA